ACGAGUCCUCCCAUCGAGGCGAAAAAGGAAAAACCCAACUCCACUUCUCUCCCAAUCCCAAAAGAAGAGAAGAAAAGUGGGGAAGAAAAGUGCAGACCGCGGCGUCUGUCUUCCACCUCCGAAUUCGCCCCCCAAACCAAAACCAAAUCCCUCGACAAAAUCCCCAAUCCCCGGCCAUGGCGCGCCGCGCCCCCCGCCCCCGCCGGACGCUGGAGCUGCCAGACGACGUCAUGGAGGAGAUCUUCCUCCGCCUACCGGCGGACAACCCCGCGAGCCUCGCCCGCAUCGCCGGCGGCUGCAAGAGCUGGCGGGCCAUGGUCUCGGACCCCAACUUCGCCCCCGCCUACCGCAGGCUCCGCGACGCGCCGCCCAUGCUGGGCUUCCUCUACAACUACCGCUCCACCGACGACGAGGGAGCGCCCUACUGGACGUCCCACUUCCGCGCCGCCGCGGCCCUCCCCCCGCGGGUGCGCCGCGACCGCAAGCACUGGCGCGCUCUCGACUCCCGCCACGGCCUCGUCCUCUUCGACACCCCUGAGGGUGACGGGCACCUCGUCGUCUCCGACCUCGUCACCGGCGAGCGCUGGAAAAUCGACGGCCACCUCACGUUCCCGGAUGCGUGUAAUGCUGCAGUGCUCUGCGCCAGGGACGGAUGUGACCACCGUGAUUGCCAUGGCGGCCCUUUCCUGGUGGCCUGCGUGGACUCCGUCGUGGCAGGGGACCGGAGGAUAGCCAGCGCCAUGGUCUACUCAUCAGUUACUGGCAAGUGGAUCGACCCGACCUUCCUCGAGCACCCGAAUGUCAUCGAUGGCAGGGGGCACAGUGCUGUGCUGGGAAAUAAGGUCUAUGUCCCCUGUGUGGAGAGUGGCAGUGUCGUGGAGUACAACACGCGUGAGAACAAGCUAUCUGUGAUCAAGGCGCCAUUUGAGGUCCAGCACCACAAGAUUGAGCUCAUGGGGGUGGAGGAUGGAAUGCUGCUGUUUGCGUCUGUGGUGAAGCCUAGGCUCUACCUAUGGUCGAUGGAGGCUGGUCCCAGAGGAGCUGCGGGACGGGCACGAAGCAGGUUCAUCGAGCUCGGGCCGUUGCUCCCUAGUACUGCCCUCGUGGACAACACCGAAGUGUCGGCGGUUGGUUUUGCGGAAGGUGUUGGUGUCAUCUUCAUCAAGACAAGGGUUGGGUUGUACACCAUUCAGCUCAAAUCAGAACAAAGCAAUCAGGUGCACAGAGGGUACAUCAAUAAGGUCAUGCCCUACGUGAGCUUCUACACUGAAGCAUGGGAGCCUUUGCCAGCAUCUGAUGAAGCUUAAUGCGCAGUUGUUGAUGCUACAAUGAUAUGACCAAAUGGCGUCAGGGCCUGGGUUUACUUUUUCUGCCGAGGAAGAAUUUGAAGUGAACUUGAGCCUCAUUCACUGCCGGUUGUGUUGAACAGUUUGUUUAGUGUGGAUGCGCUUUUGUCCUAUUUGUGCUUGUGCCAUAAACUUGAGUUCGUUCAUUCGUCCGGGUUGGGUGCGGCUCAAACUGUCCGUCAGGAGAAAUUUUAGCGAUCGGUUGACGGUUUUGUGGCAUGAAUUGGUGCAGAUUUCUCCUUCUCUAUCUUUGGCUGUUAGAGACGAUGUUGGUGUCUUGAAAGGUCACUCUCCUGAGAUUUAUGGUGUGGAAUCUCUCUAUUCUAUGCAGUAAGAAAUUUCAGGGAAGCUAAAAUCCCCACCAGGGUUCAUUUGUUUCUGUCUGUGGCUUCACGCUAUGGACAAUUUCUCACUUGUUUGUUGAAUGGCCUGUGGUGAAGCUGUUAUUAUGCCUUGUAGAGCUGUACUGUGGACUCUUUGGAAACAUCGCAGUGAUCUUCACUUUGAUCCUUUGAGUAAGGUGGUGAACACAGGAGCAUCGCGUACUCGGGAGGUGGAGGCCGCUGUGCCUGGAGAAAAAAAGGCGGCCCCUGACUCUGAUGAAGAUGGAGAAAAUGCCCUGACGAGGUGAGUCGAACGCGGUUGUGGAUUCAGUUUUUCUUUUUCUUUUCUUUUUGAGAAUAGUUUCUGCAGUAGCAAUUCCCCGCGACAUUGAAUCAGCUGAACCUGUGUUCUUUCUGGAUGUAAAGACAGAUUUCAUUCAAAGGAUGGUCCUUUGAGUAAGCAAAAAAAAUAUCGCAUUAGGUAGCC